AUGUCAGGGGAAAGUAGAGAGGCUCUAGCGGCGUUUAGAGAAGAGCACUGCGCCGUGCUUGCGCUUCUGGCACAUGCAGCGAGGCAAUGCGUGGAUACGCGAAUGGGCGAGGCGGUGUUUGAGGCUCUCUGUUCCGCGGAGCCCGCACUAGCACAACUCUAUCCAGAGGUGGCAUUGCUUUACAAUAUACACCAGGUGCGCCGCGCCCUCCGCGAUCGACAAACGUGCCCACCAGAGUCCAUGGUGUCCUUGUGUGACACACUUUGCACCGCGCUGCGGGGCAUGUACGACGUCCUCCCUGACCUCUUGUUGCUCGUCGUUGCCGAGGCGGCGGAAGUGCUGCAGCAGCGAAAUCCCUCAUGCCAUGCGCUGGAGUUGUCCAUCCUGAACUUGGUGGAAAACAUUCAGUCGGUGCUCUUGCAGGAGACAAUGUCGUUGCAGCGUCGCGGGGCCUCCAUAACUUUGCGGCUCAGAGAUAUCCCUCCUUUUGUUGUGUGA